AUGAGUGAAGGGACGGAGUCGAGGCAUUCGUCGGACGGCACCAAGACGGGACCGAGUGGGACCGCGAGGCGGAGGUCUCUCAUGGUGUUUCGCUCCACGACAAAGAGGAUCGGUUCGCCGUCCAAGGAACUUGUGUUUGUGCUCGCAUUUGCACAGUUGUGGCACCACAUCACGACUGCCUCUGUCGCUCUUCCUCCUAGCUUGGUGGUGGCAGGCGUGUACUCUGCUGUACUUGCAGUCUUUUUCACGGCCAUUAAGGUGGUGAACUUCAGGCUUCAUACUAUGUUCGACCUUGGAGAGAUUGUAGAGAAGAAGCAUGCCUCACUCACAGCAGAAGCGCCAAAGACAGAAGAAGGAGAUGAAGGUUCAGGUGCCCAUGAUGGGAAUCACCGCAGGGAUAGUCAUGUUGGUGUGGAGAUGACUGUGUUUCGGAAGGUCAACUCGACACCCCCUGUCCGCUGUAGCUCCCAGCACUCUCUGUAUGGACUGAACCAGGUGUCGGAGUUUUUACCCCAGCUGGAGGAUACAGGGGGCACUAAGGAUAUCAAAGAGUUGAUGCGGGAGCAAGGAAGCAAUAAUAUGAUUGUUACGUCAGCUCACCGGGAGAUCUUACGCCAGAGGUCUCAGGACACCAUUAGGACCCCCAGUGUGGUUCAGUCCUGCAUUGCUGCUGCUCUUGGAGGAGAUUUCCCCGGACUCAUGGGAGUGUCCGGUGGCUUUGAACCUGGAGUCUGCCUGUCUAUCCCCCCUUCACCCUCCAGUCAAGAAGAUGGAGGCGAGAGAGAACAGUUGCAGGAACUGAAGGAGUUACCAGAACAACUGUCUUUACAGAGUCCUGAGGACAAUGGGUUGGGGGCUUAUUCUCCCCUCGGGCCCUCUGCUGAAUCUGAGAGCCUGGGGCAUACUCCCCUCAGCCCCCUCAUAAAGAGCAGCUUAAGUGAGGAGCUGAGUGAAAAUCUCCUGGGUUUGGGCCUUGACCCCGUGGCGUUUGCACCCGGCACCGAGCACCCGGGCAGCCGCAGUGGAGUGGCUCUGGCUGCCGGGUCCACAGACAGCUGUUUCAGUGCGGGCGGAGCCACCACAGAUCGAGAGACGCUAAGCACGGUUAGCAGUUACCGCAGUGAAAAGACUGAUUCCACUCAGCUGGAAAGUCCUUCAUUCAGCCGGCCUGCAAACGGACAUGCCUCAGCACCAGCAACAGGCUCCAAAUUCCCCAAACCCUCAGACGAUCCAGGAGGACAGGGUGGCAGUGAUACUGAUAACCUGUCUGAUAGUGUGCUGCUGCGCUCGCCUUCCAAAGAAUUCUCCCACAGCCAGGGGCUAGACAGGACGCUUGUUGAAGGAGAGGAUUUGUCCCCAGUACCCUGUGAUAUUGCUCACCACCGGCCUCUCCAGAACUCUUCCCCUUCGAGUAGUGGCCACUCAGAGGUUUGUGAUUUAGACAGAAAUGUCACUGUUCCUCCUCUUCCCCCUCCUCGGCAGGCCAAUUCAGUGCCCUCAGGGCUGGCCCUGGGUCUAGUUUGUUCUGAGCCUGCUCUGCCCAUAUCCUCGACCCCCUUUUUACUGUCGGACCAGUCUGCUCUGCAAGCCCAGCAGGUUGUGCGCCCCAAAGACUUGAAGCUGCUGCGGGCCAGCGGCAGUAGUGUGGGGCACAGGCCUGGCCGAAGGAAAGCUCCACGCAGGCGAGCCGGAGCAGGAAGUAGUAGUUUCGACUGCGGCUCUUACAGGCGUCACCACAAUCAUAGUCAACACAGAGAUUACAUCCCAGUGCGCAGCCGACUGGGGGCCAAGGCUUACAGUGAAAGUUUGUUUGAGGAUUCCAGCGACGAGGACGACGGCAGCGACAUGAGCGCUGGUUCCAGUCUGGGCUCUCAGCGCCGGUACAGCUCUGAUGAUGACGAUGACGACGACGAUGAUGAUGACGACUCAAGUUCCUCUACCUCCUGCUACUCCCCGGACCUCGCUAACACUGGCGUUACAUCCCCUGCUGCUACUCAACUGCCCACUCCAAGGGACGGGGAUUUACCUGAAACUGCUGGCCCCUCACAUUCUCGUGCUGCUCAGCGCUCUUCUAGCACUGCUAGUGCUAAGACUCAUGCCAGGGUGCUCAGUAUGGAUGGGGCAGGUGGAGGCCAGAACAACACAGUGGCUUUGCCUUCUACUCUGCUUACAAUGCCCUCCACCCCUGCACCUCGCACUCUCACCAUCUCUAAGUCUGAUCUGGAAGCCCACGCCAUCCAUACUGACGGCUUUCCUGGAACUCAUCAUCAUCACCAUCACCACCAUCAUCAUCGACUAGAUUCUCUCGGAGGCUCUUGGACGGGUAACCAGAUGGGCUGGAGGGCCGAAGAGCUGGUAGAAGAGGGAGCUGUGGGAGGAGCCAUGGGUCCGGAGGAUGGGGGUAAACACGAAUCAGUCAGCAGUGUGAAGAGGACCCAGGCCAUCCGCAGGAGACACAAUGCUGGGAGCAACCCUACACCGCCCCCCUCCACCAUGGGAUCCCCUCCCAGCCUUCAGGACCUCCAGCGGGCUCGGACCUCCUCUCAUUCGCGGACCCGCACUCUUCCCUCAGCCUUACAGUUCGCCUCCUCACUCCUACUGCCCCGCAGCGGCAUCCAUGAGGCCUCCACCUUCGACGACACAACAGAGGGGGCCGUGCACUAUUUCUACGACGAAGGUGGAGUGAAGAGGUCCUACACAUUUGGACCAGCUGGUGGUGGUUAUGAGGACCCAGUCCAGGAGAGGGAGAGGGAGAGAGAGAGGGAGAGACAGUCCCAGUCGUCAAGCUUCACCUCCACUGAGGUCCAGGAAGGGGCUCCAGCCCUGUCCAUGCUCCAGCCCAGACCUGUGGUGUUACAGGGCAUGCAGGUGCGCAGGGUGCCUCUGGAAAUGCCUGAGUUUGAUCUGGAUCAUGAGUCCCUACAAGAGUCCCAGGAAAACACUCUAAUGAUUGAGGAGAAAGCCAAACCCAAACAAUACUAUCGCUUCUGGGUGCUGCCCAGAAAGUGGCUGAGGGUUCGAUACGACCGAUUAGCUCUCCUGGCGUUGUUGGACAGGAACCGGCGUGUGGCGGAGAACGUGUUUGCUGUGGUGCUGGCCAGUCUGGUGGCCUUCUUAGGGUUCCUACUGUUGUUCCAGGGCUUUUUCAGGGACAUCUGGGUCUUCCAGUUCUGCCUAGUCAUUGCCAGCUGCCAGUACUCUUUACUGAAGAGCGUACAACCAGAUGCAGCUUCUCCCAUGCAUGGCCAUAACUGGAUCAUCGUGUACAGUCGGCCGGUCUACUUCUGCCUGUGCUGUGUGCUGAUCUGGAUCUUUGACCAAUCAGGGCGCUUUGGCAACCUGCAACCCUUCUCUCUCUACGGAGUCACCUUCUUCUCUGCACACUUCCUGCUCUGCAUCAGGGACAUGCUCAUUGUGUUUGCCUUGUGUUUCCCGGUCAUUUUCCUGUUUGGGUUGCUGCCUCAGGUCAACACGUUUGUGAUGUGUCUGCUGGAGCAGAUUGACAUGCACAUUUUUGGUGGAACUGGUAAGAACAUGAAUAGACAGACAGGAAGAUGA